AAAAACAUCGUGUCGCCGGUAGUACUAAGUAGAUGCGUGUUGUUUAAUGUCAUGGCCAGUUUCCCACUGAUUCAGUUAACACAAGGCGAGUGGACGUCCGAGAAAUGGUAUGAUAUUUUGGGGGUGAAGCUUCCAAACUUUUUCACCAGCGAUCCCGCAUUCCUCAGAGAUUACAUUUUUAAUUUUAAGACGAGACAGGAUGACGUUUUUAUAGCCACAUAUCCCAAAUCAGGUACGUUAAGAAGUUAAACUUGCAGUAAAAGAGGCUUUAAAGCUUUGCGAUAUGGUAGUUUGCCUCGGCCCUCGUCUCGAGUGACCUAAAGUGAACUGAAAUAAGCAAAAUGGUACAAAUAAUUUCCCACUUUGAUUCACCUUGAAGCAGUGUCAUCUGGUUCCAAAACGAUUACGUAACCCCACGUGAAUGGCGACCCUGCGGUGCCGUAAUCUGGCGAUAACGCGAUCAUACCCCAAUUCUUUUCCAAAAAAAAAGAGAGAACAAAGGAGCAGGUAACCUUAUUCUUUGCUAUGCUAUAAUGCUUAUUAAAUAUUAUGUAAAUAUUAUCUGUUAUAUUUUGAUUAUAUGACGUCAAUCCUAUAACGUUCACAAGUGUCACCAAAGCCACCCUAUCACGCAAAGUGGCAAGUUUCACAAUUUGCCUAUGAAGUCUAGAGUAGGCAGUUAAUGCUUAUUAAAUAUUAUGUAAAUAUUAUCUGUUAUAUUUUGAUUAUAUGACGUCAAUCCUAUAACGUUCACAAGUGUCACCAAAGCCACCCUGUCACGCAAAGUGGCAAGUUUCACAAUUUGCCUAUGAAGUCUAGAGUAGGCAGUACAAAAAAGUAAAGUAGGCUUGUAGGGAAUAUCAAGUACUAGUAAAAACUUGAUAUUCCCUACAAGCCUACUAGCUGAGCUAUUUCUAGGCUACAUGUUAUAGCCCACUUGUAGCGAAAAGCGCCGGCGUUGAAAACCAAAACUAUGAUGGCUGAAUCGCGUUUUGCUAACUAAAGUUGUUUUGUCUCGAUAGUUUUGACCAACUAGCUGGAUUUUGCUAAAACAAUUAUUCCUCUCGCCCAUUCGGCCUUCGGCCUGGUGAGCUAUUCACUCAGACCCCAUUCGGGCGCGAGGAAUAAUUGUUAAAUAUAAUACAAUGAAACCUGUAUUAAGAGGUUACCCUGGAGGACUUGCUUAUUGACCGCUAUAUACAGGUUUGACAAACCUAAGAGUUGUUCAAAAAAAUGAAGUUGGUAAAAGAGCAAAAUAUCUAUCGCACAACAAAAACGACCUCAAAGUACCUCUACCUCUUCUUGUGCUGAAACAGGAAGCAAGAGACCAGUAAACGCCAUUCACGCCAUAUCUGCUGCACUAGUAUGUGUGGUACCGCGUCUUAUAGAUGAAGACAAUGAAAAGUAACUCGUUGGGACCUCGGAAAAAGUGACCGCGACUGCUUAAUAAAGGAGACCGUUUAAUACAGGUCAGAUUUACAGUAUGCAGCUAUUUCGAGAAAAGUUGUCGGAAAAAGUGCGCGAGACAAUCCCGAAAGGUAUUGCGUGUGGUUUUGAGCUCACUGUUCUUCAAAGAAAGUUGAAAGAAUGACACAAGAGGCCAUGGACUUACGUUUGUGAGUGCUAAACGAAAGCAACAAAAGGAGGUUCGAAAGCUACAGUGUUAGGAAGAGUGUGUUGAUCAUAUCCCAUAAUACCUUUCGGGAUUGUAGCGUGGACAUUUUUUCCGACAACCUUUCUUCUCGAAAUAGCUGUAAACUGAGGGAAAUGAUUUCCGGGACUCAGGUAGGUGACCGCUAAAUAGACGUUUCCUCGAAUAUAGGUUUGACUGUAUAUUCACAAAAUUACGGUAUCUAUUAUUUUCAUUCAGGGACAACUUGGGUGCAAGAAAUUGUCUGGCAAAUCUACCACGAGGGGGCAGUCAGCAGUGCAAACUUUUCUCAUCGAGUGCCAUUUAUUGAAACAGCUACCAAUGAAAUGAUUUGCCCGUUUAGCCUGGACACUUUACCAAGCCCUCGCAUUCUUAAGAGUCAUCUUCCGCUUAACAGCAUUCCGAAAAGUGAUAACAAGGAAAUGCAGUGCAAAUAUAUUUACGUGGCCCGCAACCCCAAAGACAUUGCAGUAUCGUAUUUUCAUUUCACGGAGCAUAGGCGAAAAGCGGGUAAUGGUUUCAGUGGGCCAUGGGAAUUUUAUGCCAAGUUAUUCAUAGAAGGAAAUGGUGAGUUGUCUUAAUGAGAUGUCUCCGUACUUAUCGAGGGCCUUUUCUGUAAUUGAAAUGCAGAAUAUUAACAUUAAAUUUUUUCAUGUUGCAAGAUCUCGUUAUCCAUCGAGCGUGCGCACUUUAAAAGGCUUUUUUUUUCUUCACGUGGGCGUCGAUAAAACCAGGAACAUGGAACAUACCGGAACAUUCCGGAACAUUCCGGAACAUCCCGGAACAUGAAAAAAUUAAAAUAUUUUUUUAUGAAAAAAUAAUUAAUUAAUUAAAUAAAAAUGAUAGUAAUAAUAAUAAUAAUAAGAAGAAGAAGAAGAAGAAGAAGAAGAAGAAGAAGAAGAAGAACAAUAGAUAGAAAACAAUUUUUGCAAAAAUUUAUAGUAACAAAAUAAAUAACAUAACAUAACAUAACAUAAAAACGAAAAAUAAAGAAAGAAAGAAAGAAAGAAAGAAAAAGAAACUGGUAUCAUCUCCGAGUAUGAGAAAACAAUGUUUUGUCGCAAUGAAUUUUUUGGGCCAGUGAGGGUCCAUUCAAAUGACAGUUAUGAGUGAAGGCUUGCUUCUAAAUUCAAAAUAUAUUAAAAUGGGUCGCGAGUAGGGGGUUUUCAAGCUUUCCUCACACAGCCACCUCUUGUAAAUGUUUGCCAUGCGGUUUAAGGGUUAUGAAUUUACGCCUUUGCGACCGUAAGAAGAGCUUAGGGGCUCGUCGCUUUGGACUUGGAUAAUUAAAUUAAACAUUCACAUUCGCCGCAGAAUAGUUGCAGUGGCAGUGGUAGCGCAGCUGUAGUUUCUAACUGUUAUCAUUCAGCCUGAAUUUUAGUCGUCUCCCCGCAAACUCCUCUUGCGACUCGAGGAGACGUCUGAAAUAUCAUGCUGACUGUAAACAGUAUAGAAACUACUACAAAUGUGAGUAUUACCCACUAAAAUCCAAAGACAGGAGCCCCUAUGCUCUUCUUAAGUUUACAGAGCCGCCUAGUCUGUAAGUAAUUCAUGUCAACCUCAAGUGAAGCAAAGCACCUCAAGUCAGCAAAUGUCGGUUAUAUACUAGGAGACUAUAUGUUGGCUUGACAUGAGUUACUUACCGACUUGGCUUGACAUGAAAUACUGCACUGACAUUUCAGACCAUCGCAGAACCGUAAAUGGAUAACCGCCAAAUGAUUAACUCAUGGCAAACAAUUACCAGAGGUGGUUGUGUGAGGAAAGCUUGAAAACCCCCUCCUCGCGACCCAUUUUCUUGAUUAUUUCAUUAUUUCUCGUUUUUUUUUUGUUAUUUUACGUUCUUAUUAAUUUUUACAAAAAUUAUUUUAUUAUUAUUAUUUUAUAACAUUUUUUUUUAUGAAAAAUAUUUUAAUUUUUUCAUGUUCCGGGAUGUUCCGGGAUGUUCCGGAAUGUUCCGGAAUGUUCCGGGAUGUUCCAUGUUCCGGGUUUUAUCGACGCCCCGCAAACAUACUCCAGCCAGUUGUUCAAAAGGUGGUAGCGCUAUCCGAUGGAUAGAUCUUUAUCCAGUGGCCGUAACGCAAUUGGUUUCCCUAAUAACAAUACUUAUCCGCUGGAUACUGAUUUAUCCGGUGGAUAGCGCUAUCCAACGUUUGAACAACCGGGGCCAGGAGCUCAUUUCUGUUGCUCAUGACACAGGCGAAGUCAAAGGCGGUCGAGGAUGACAAUUUUUGACAGAUCCCUUUUUUGCUUUAAGGGGAACAAAAACAAUGUCCAUUGGUUGGGUUUCACCUUGGAACCCUUCCAUGCCGUUAGGCUGUUGAAAAUAACGCAGCUGUCUAAUGACUUGCUUUACUGUAUUUUAUGGAACGUCACAUUCUUUGGUUGUUUACCCAGCCUCCUCCUCAGGUGCUUCGUUUUUCUCAUCGUAGAGGUGAGCGCGAAAAGCGAGAGACUGGUGAUGAAUCGCAAGGGACCAUGGGAAGGGUACAGCCGGUAGUCUCGCCCGUUGUCUCCUUCCCGCCUUCCUUUGCGCGCACAUUUUCAUCGAGAGAGAGACGUCUGGGUACGAGGCAGUUGUUUACCGGUAAUUUUUUGUUGAACAGUGUGUUGGAACGCUUGGAAUGACCAUGUUCUUGACUGGUGGAAACACAGAGACGAUCCUAAUAUCUUGUUUCUCAAAUAUGAAGAUUUACACAAGGUACGCAGCAACAGCCAAUGACUUCAUUAGACUGCGUGGAGUGGUUUGUUUUAUUUGGUUAGUUUUUCCAGAGCGCCCGCGAGGGGAACAUGUGCGAGCGCGGCGUCCUCGUAAUUCCUCACUACAGAAACUAUUAGGGGAAUGGGCUCAAGCUCUCCGCGCAACGAUUUCUGGGAUUGUUUGGGUGGACAAGCGUUAGUUAUGAUUGGUCGAUGGUAUUCAAGGCAACUAUUAACCAAUCAUAAGUAACGCUUGUCCACCCAAACUAUCCCAGAAAUCGUUGCGCCGAAAGAUUGAGUCCAUUAUAGCUUCUGAAGUGGGAAAUUCUCCCUUCUCCCUUCAAAAAAAAAAAACGGCUUCUAAAGCUACGCAAGCGAAUGAAAAACAGUUGAUUGACACUGGAUCGGACCGCCAACGGAAUAACGUUUUGACUGGAAAUACCCCAACCAAAAGCGAGGAUCAAAUACACCAAUCACUAACAGUCUUGGUGCUACUGAUAAUCGUGCUCAUUCAAAUAAGAAAUGAUCGAUCGACAAAUUUGUCUCCCUAGCAUUUUUCUUAUAACCAACUGAGAUUAACUCUGAGAAUACCGGCAAUAUUAAUACUGGAAAACCCAAUUUUUAUCUCGUUAAAUGUGUCCAUGUCCGGAUGGAGAGUACUUCCACAUAAGAGGCUAAUGGAGAUGUGCCGCUGGGUGGGGUCGCAUUUUCACAACUGGGUUGACUAUAAUGGAGUUACAUUUUCAAUAGAGUUACUAGAAUGGGGCCACACAUUUUCGGACUUUUUGAGGUAAGACAGACUUCAUAUUUACGAUUAGCAAACGUACCAGAAUGUUUGUACUGCAGCUCAAAAGUAAAGUGUUCUUCAUUCAAUCUAAAAAUUGGGUCAAUUCAUAAAAAUAGAGAGUGAGUAAGUUGGGAUCGCGAAAAUUACAUAUUUGCCCAAAAGUGACUACGAUGUGGUCUAUAACUGGCCACAGAAUAGACUAUAUUGGGGUAGGGACUCUUAGAGGUUAGGCCAGCGGCACGUACAAAAAUUACCCUUAUUACCUCCACCCCCCCCGCCCCCCGGGGGAUCCACGUGUACCUUGUUUUGUACUAAGUGAAUGCGUCAUCAUGAGCAUUUCUUCGCUGUUUUAAUGGUUAUUUUUAUGGUUACAUCACUUUCGUGGCUAGUUGCUAUCCGCUGUAGGGCGUAGCUCUUUUUUUGAAAAGUAGGAAAUGCCACGUUUAUGGCGGAGCUAUUCAAAUCAAUGCGCCAGAGUCCAGCUUCCAGUUUUAUGCCCUUGGCACUGUAAUAUGAUUAUCGUGGAAACUGAAUUGAAUUUUUGUUAAUAUUUACGUGUUAAAGAACAAUUUGUUCAGAUUGUGAGUCAGGCGUAGGAAAAUUGUCCGUGAUGCGUGAGAUCGAUGUCUUAAGUCCGCAGGCGUGAGACUCACGCAUAAUGCGUGAGAGAUGAUAGGUAUAUAACAAUGUAAUCUCUGUGUUUUACUGGUGUAAUGUGUUGAUAGGUCUUACACGUCUCACCAUUUCUCUAAAAUUCUUAAUUGUAGGAUUUACAGUCCCAUGUACGAAUGAUAGCUGACUUCCUGAAAAAGCCACUGACCGAUGAACUCAUUGAUCGCAUUGCACAGCAGUGUACUUUGAAGGGCAUGAGGGAAAAUGAGAAUAGUUUCAAGUUGAGCAACGAAGAGCAGAGUUCGCCGUUGCUACGAAAGGGCGUGGUGGGAGGAUGGAAGAGUUAUUUUACUCCAGAGCUGAAUGAGAGAUUUGAAAAGGAAGUGUUGGCAAAACUCAAAGGCACCGGAUUAAAGUUUGAUUUUGAGAUUUAG